AUGUCACAAGAGCAAGGCAAAGCACGGCCAUUUCCACGAGGCCUAAAUCAUGUUGCCCGACUUUGGCAACGAGUGAACGAUCGGACUGCUGCAAGUGAACAUCCUAGAACAUUGAAAUCCUCUACGUCCAAAACCAAGAAGGAAGACCUUGGAUUCCUGGAAUUGGUAUGCCCAGAGGAUCCCACCGUCGAUAUCAUAGCAAUCCACGGCUUGAAUGGUCACAGAGAAAAGACUUGGAUGACAGACGAUGGCGUUCUUUGGCUACGCCAAUUCUUGCCGUCCUCAUUGCCUCGUGCCCGUAUCCUGACCUAUGGCUACGACGCCGACACUCACAGUACGGAGUGCGUAUCGACCCAGACUAUGCGCCGCCACGCCGUCGGUCUGGCUCAAGCUAUUUUACGAAAGCGUAAAGAUGCUCCUCGACGCCCCAUCAUCUUUGUUGCUCACGAUUUGGGAGGCAUCAUUCUCAAAUGGGCGCUUGUCAUAUGCAACAAUGAGGACCUGGAAUCAAAAGACGGCCUACGAAAUAUCGUGGUAUCCACCCAUUCCAUCCUCUUCUUUGGAACCCGCAUUCCGGCGUAG